ACCCUGCUACUAAUAAAGAUGUUCACUUCUUAAAAUAUCCUAUAUACGUAGGUGCAAAUAGGGGAAGGGGUCAGAUUUAUCCUGAUGGUAGCAAAAGUAACAAUACAGUUUAUAAUGCUACGGCAGGAGGGAUAAUAAGCAAAAUUUUACGAAAAGAAAAAGGGGGAUACGAAAUAACCAUAGUGGAUGCAUCGAAUGAACGCCAA